AUGGUUACAUUGGUGAAAAAUGUUUGUCCUUUUCGUGGGGAAGAAAAGUCGGCAGAUUCUACUGAGGACCCUUCACGAGAAUUAACUAAGAAAUUCAAAGAAUGGACCUACGGAGAUUCUCCAUACCUCUUUGGUUACUAUGCUACUGGUAAAUUGGUCACUUUUGUGACUUUGUCUGA